AUGUCUACAAGACGUACUACUCGAGCUGGUAGCCGCACUGCUACUAGUGUUUCCGGAUCUAAUGCUGUUGGUCCUGAAGACAUACCAGCAGCUCGAACACCAGGUAGAGGACGUCCUAGGAAAUCAGCUAGCUCAGCAAUUAGUUCUGAGCGCGGCGCUGGUCCUCCUCCCGUGGCAGCUUCUACAAGUACUGCGUACGGUACAAAUACACUGGCACUCCCAAAUUAUGGUCCAAGAGCGGCUCCAUUGGCCAACGAUAUCUCUUCUGUCAUUGAAGGUCUUUUAGAGCCAGAAUCUUCUAGCAAGGGAACCAAGCCUAGAGCAAAUUCUCCCGAGGAACCAAUUCCUGAUGUUGAUGCUCGUCCUGCCAAACCAGUUCCUUAUGCUCCUGCUCACAUCCCUUCUAUGCGCUCGAGGACUGGACCUGUUAAACGACGACUUCCUCCAAGCGCCAAUCGAAAUUUCCAGAAUGAAAGCCAAUUACUACGGUUUUCAUAUCUCGUCCCCUUGGAUGAAGACGAGCUAAACCGACGUACUGCAUUACGAGAUAUCAUGGAAGAACAACAAUACAUGCGGGGUGGUGCUCGAGAUGGGCCAAUAUUAGAGCUUAGGGAUGGAACUGUUGUUGAUGUCGGACAGGGUCUGAGAUGGCCAUUCAGGUUUUUUGCAAGGCUUACAAAGGGCCUCUUCAAUCUUUUUGGCGAUAUUACCAAGUCUUUAAUACCGUUAUUUCUUCUUGGCCUCAUUGCCUUCAUUGCAUGGACUAUCUUUUUGAAUAGUGGCGAGCCUAGCCUGCAUUGGUAUGGCACAGAUAUGUCGUCGAACAUUGGACAGUUCAUCCCAUCGCAAAUUAAACAUCCCACUAGAAUAUUCGCUCCAGGGGACCUUAAGGAAGUCUACCGCCGUCUGGAUGCUGCGGAAGCUGAUAUAACGUUCCUCAAGCAUCGUUCUUCAAUUGACAAAAAUGCUCUGGAAGAAAUCCAGAAAUUGCUUCCGGAUUUCCUUGUUCUUGAAAAGGACCAUGCUGGGAAACCAGCUCUUCCAGCAAAACUUUGGCAAGCUAUGCGAGACAAGAUUCGAAGUGAUCCAUCUCUUAUUCCGGAGCCUGUCUAUGUUACUUCCGAUGCUUCUCCCGAUGGUCCUUCGACCUCUCCCUCCCCAUCUGAUACUCGCAGUGCUGAAGGCUUCAAUGCCAAGCACUUUGAUCGAUAUCUUGAAAGUAAUAGACUUAAGAUUCAGGGCUGGACUGGCUCUGAAUUUCACGCUCUUCACCAAGCUCGAAUACAACAACUUAUCAAAGAUGGUAAGAUUGCCUCGAGAGAUGAUGUCAUCGAAUUGAUCAAGAAGGAAUGGAAAGAUAAGACAGCAGAGGUUAAGUUGGAGCUUCAAAAAUACAUUGCAGAUUUGGAAGACAAAGUCACAAAUCUUGGAAAGAAAGCUCUCACCGCUGGGCAAGUAAGAGCAAUUGCUAGAGAAGUUAGCUUAGCUCAGAUCGAAGCUAUUUCAGACGCAAAUGUCAACCAAAGGGCCGAUCAACCCCUUCGACGUAUGGACCAUUUCGCCAAACGAUCCCAUUCUGCUGUCAUUCCUCGUCUCACCUCGCCUUCUUACCGUUUUCCACACAUGGACUUUGGAUUUGUUCACAGAAGUAUUGCUUUGAUCUUCAAUCAACCCAUUCCCCUCCCGAAUCCCGCCGAUACAGCUCUCACCGCAUGGGAUGAAAUUGGCGAUUGUUGGUGCUCACCACAACAAAAUGGUAACGGCCCUACACUUGGUGUCGUAACGGCUAAUCAUAUCUGGCCUGACCAAGUCGUUGUGGAACACUUCCCUCAAUCCGGUUAUGCCAAUUCGGGUCUCUCACCUCUCGCAGCACCAAGCCACAUGGAACUUCUGGUCUAUCUCCCUCACACCCCUACAUUCGCGAAAGUCAAAGUGCGCUCUGAUGAAAUCUUCCCGGAAGCAAAUUACGAUGAUCUUGAAUCGGGCUGGGUAAAGCUGGGCGAUUGGACAUACGAUGCUUAUGGUGCAAGCACUCAAGCUUUUCCGCUACAAGUAGAUCUUAGGGAUUUUGUUACGGAAUCGGAUGAUAACAUCAAGAACGAUACGUCUGCUAGUAAUAAAUUCUUAAUCAGAAGUAAGGGGAAUCAUGGCAAUGGUAAGGUGCCUUAUACUUGUCUUUAUAGACUUAGGUUACAUGGAGAUGUGAGGCCAAAUGAAAAUAUUCUUUACACGGGGAUUAGUGAAGAUUGA